AUGACAACCCUCAGGCCAAGAUCAAGGGACUCAGCCUGUGGGGGAAAAGGUCGCAGGGGCGGGACCGAGGGGGCGUGCCAGAUGUCGGGGGCGGGGCCGGGAGGGCGAACCGGACGCAAGGAGGCUCUGGGGGCGGAUAAUGUGGAUGAGAUUGGUUUUGCCCUUGAGCAAGCCUAUGUUGGGAGGAGGAGAUGCCAUUGGCAGUACAUUGCAGAGGGCGGGAGGCUGUGGACGCGAGUGAGCGGCAGAGGAAAUACUGACGAUGAAGCUUGGUUCCUUCCGGUUACAGUGCUGGGAAAAGCUGAAGGAAUUGUGGUGCUUGGAAUAAACAGAGCUUAUGGAAAAAAUUCACUCAGUAAAAAUCUUAUGAAAACGUUAUCAAAAGCUGUGGAUGCUUUAAAAUCGGAUAAGAAAGUUCGAACCAUAAUAAUUAGGAGUGAAGUUCCAGGGAUAUUCUGUGUUGGUGCUGACCUUAAGGAAAGAGCCAAAAUGCAUUCCAGUGAAGUUGGUCCUUUUGUCUCCAAGAUCAGAGCUGUGAUUAAUGACAUUGCUAAUCUUCCAGUGCCAACAAUUGCAGCAAUAGAUGGACUCGCUUUAGGUGGUGGUCUUGAACUGGCUUUAGCGUGUGAUGUUCGAGUGGCAGCUUCCUCUGCAAAAAUGGGCCUAGUUGAAACAAAGUUGGCGAUUAUUCCUGGUGGAGGGGGAACGCAGCGAUUACCACGUGCCAUCGGAAUGUCCCUGGCCAAGGAACUUAUUUUCUCAGCACGAGUGCUUGAUGGCCAAGAAGCCAAAGCUGUGGGUCUGGUUAGCCACGUGCUAGAGCAGAACCAGGAGGGCGAUGCUGCCUACAGAAAGGCCCUGGACCUAGCAAGAGAGUUUCUACCUCAGGGACCUGUUGCAGUGCGAGUGGCAAAAUUAGCAAUUAAUCAAGGGAUGGAGGUUGACUUGGUAACAGGAUUAGCCAUAGAAGAAGCUUGUUAUGCUCAGACCAUUCCAACAAAAGACAGACUUGAAGGUCUUCUUGCUUUUAAAGAGAAGAGGCCCCCUCGCUAUAAAGGAGAAUAGAAGCUGCAGAAAUUCUUACAGUACCACUGUAAUAAGUGUACUUCUGGAAGUGUCUUUCAGAUCUGCUCUUUGCCUCAGCUUAUGGGAUCUCUGUGACCAAAGUGAAGAGUGAGCUACUCACCAUGUCUGUGAAGGAAGCUUCUGGAGCCAACCCAUCUUCACGCUGAUGUGUAUCAUGUCUUUUCAUCCAGAUGUAUAAAGCUAGUAGCUCUACCAUCAAAAACAGGUUAAAAUUAGGUAUAUGUUUGUAAAUAUUUCCUGCAUAUGAGGCUUUCCAUUCUUAAUUUUUUAAUGUGAAUAAUUUAUAUAUUGCACACUCUAGGGAAUAAUACAGGUUGUAUAUCUACUGUGCUGUGUUAAAAAAAAUAAAAUUAUUUCUGAAUACCAAAAAUGUGAAGUUAUACCAAAUAAAGUUUCAGACUUAUUACAUAGGAACACACACAUACACAUACAUCAUCAAACUGAAAAAAAAUGAAUUGAUAAGAUACUCUGGGUAA